AUGGCCGAUUCAUCUGCCAAGAAAGAGAAGAGCUGGAGCUUGCAGUCCCACGACGGGCCAUGUUCCAAUUGCAGAGUCCGCAAGAUCAAGUGUGGCCGAGAGAAGCCAGAAUGCAGCAUCUGUCGCCAGGCCCAAGUGGACUGUAUCUACACACCCCCGCCGAAGCGAGUCAACCACGUCAAAGUCCUAUGUGAAAGCUUUGACGAAGUCAACGACCGCCUGAAUAUGGUGCAGGCUCAGCUUUCGGCCUUGACUUCCAUGUUGGAGUCGUCUAAAGCGACAGUGCCUCGCAGCCUACCACAAAAGGAUGCACCUAACAGUAUCAGGCCCGAACAUAACCGUCGCGCCUCGUGUCCGACUUUACCUGACAACGACUUGGGCGACAGAGUCCCUCCGGGAGGCUUCGUCAUCCGCGAAGAAGGUACUCUGAACGAGCGCUAUUACGGCCCGUGGACACUCGAUGCAGAGUGUAGAGACUUCAACCGCGAUGUCUCCUCUUCCAGCAUCUCAACGAUGCCAGAUUUGGUACGAGGAUUCCAACGCGCUCUUGAGAGUACACCAGUCGACCUACCUUCUCCACCGAUACGUCAAGGCCAGAACAGCGAACGCCUGCUUCCCAAAGUGUUUCUGUCUGUUAUGGUGGAACAUUUCGUGAGCCAGGCGGACUUCUGCACAGAUAUAUUCUUGAGAAAGACUCUUGAAUCUGCGGUUGACAGAGCUUACUCGGACUCGAGAGACGCCCAUCAUGAGCCUUGGGCUGUCUGUCUUGACCUGAUAUUCCUAUUUGUUCUUGGCGCCGAGCAGCCACUCCGAGCAGCGGACCACACCCAGCCACUCUUCGACGCUGUGGACUCUGCAAUUAGCAAACAGCAAUUGUUUAUGGCGCCGAGACUCAUCGCAGUCCAGACCCUGGCAUUGCUGGCUUGUCACAUGGCAACAUUAAUGGGCCUACACUGUCACGACCCCAUCGCGCCGGGUCAAAUGGAUCUCGACCUAUCAGUGGAUGAGAUUAUUGAACGAAGGAAGUUGUUCAGAUCUCUUUACAUACGUGAAAGAUGUUAUGCUACUGCUCGUGGGACACUUCGCCGACUUCCGCGGUAUUUACCAGAUGCCAGCUCCAGAACUUCAUCGUGUGCAAUGAGCCACGAUGCAUCAAGCACGACCCUGGCUAUAAGCCGUGGCGAGUCACCGCUUACACCAGUAAAUUAUGACGAGACAAAUGAGCAUUUGUUCAAUCUUGCGAUGAUUCAGGAUGAAGUCCACGCUGCUUUAGUGCCGGGAACUUCGCCUGAAGAGCAAAGAAUGGUGUUAGCGAGCAUCCGGCAGAAGCUUCUAACAUUCGCCCAAACACAUCGAAUGCCAUCUAUAAGACGACCAGAAACAUUUCAAGAUUUGAGCACGCACUUGGCAUAUCUUGGAACUCGGAUUCGAGCAUACGAAGUCAACUUAACAGCUGAUGAUCAAAAAGAGGUGUUAGAUGAUGCCCGUCUUUCCUGCCUUUUGGUCGUAUCCGCCUGUUCUGGAGACACGGGACUGGAAUCAGCAGCAGCAGAAACGCUAGACGGAUUGCUUCGUCUCAUGGCCCGUCGCAACUGGUAUACAACUGAUACACCAGUCUCACCUCGGUCACCAGGAGGAUCGGGGAUAUCAUCAGGGGUUUUGUCGGCCGAAGCAGAAGGAUACCUUAGGAGUCCUAGGGCGCCGAACAAGCGAUUCUGGCCGUUUGGUGCCGAGUCACUGGCGUCUUCUAACACAACUACGUUGCAAGCACAGCGGAUCCUAGAACUCAUGCCAACUUCAGCCAUCUUCAUCCUCGCGCGGAACAUACUCGGGAUCUAUAAGAAGGCUGGCCUGUCUCAUCUUCCCUCUGCAUUUACGCCUGAAAAGCCUGCAGCGGACAAAUCGUCUGAUAAUGAGCCGUUAGCACAUCCGGAGGGAGACUUUUUUAUCCUUGGUGCACUUGCUCGCAGUCUCGAGUCUUCACUUGGAGUAUCCAAUGAAGCACAGAACAAUUAUAGCUCCAAGCUACUCCGUGUGGUCCGGACGCUAGUCAAUUUCAUUCGCGAGGCCGGUGACCUGCUCGAUCAGCAGGAGUGUGGGCCCUCGGAGAUGAGGCAAAAAGUUACGGAACUGAACGGGUAUACCGAAGCCACGCAGGACGGCGGACUCGGUUCCUCUACAACCCUGAGCGCCACGGAGGCGUCUUUCAUGAACUUGAGUGCUUCCUGGGAGAGCUCUCCAGGCCCAGGCUCCCUAGGCCCAGGCUCCCUGCCCUUUCCUUUCUCGCCCUCAUUUGAUCUGUCCAGUAUGAACAUCAGCAAUGUGGCGGACUCCUUGUUCGAUUUCGACUUCUCUCAGCAUUUUGACAGUGCGGGCGGAUUUGUUAGCCCAGCAGAACAGCUUGCUGAUCCAGAAGCGUUAAAAAUCUCAUCCGAACAAGAUUUCGAAGGCAUGCGACUCUAG